UGGCUGUGGUGGAGUGAGGCAUAGUGACAUGUGUCAGUGAGUGCAGUGUUGGGGACGUGUGUGGUGCAGACUGACACACUCCUGGCAGGCAAGUGUCUCAGUGAGGUAAGGCAAGGAAGUGGUGGUGGUGGAGAGGCAGCAUGGUGGGGGUGAGGAAGUUGAGGCUGGUGGUGGUGAUGGUGGUGAUGGUGUUAGUGGUGCGGUGGAUAGGGGUGGACCGGCCCUUCCCCUCGGUAGGUGUUGGUGGUGGUGGCAGCAGCAGUGGGGGGCAGGGCAGCACAGUGGGGGGCCAGAACCCAUUGGCCAGCCUGGCCAUCAUUUUGCGGGAGUUUGAGAAUUUUGACAACGACCUUGAGGACACGGCACGCUCUGUCGUGGCGGCUUGUGGCGGGCGGUGCCGUGUGCUGGUGGCCAGCGACGACUUGGUGUACCCACCACUGCGCCUGCCCCAGGGGGCCACUCCCCUGGUGCUGACCCCUGGCCUAAUGCGGCGGCGGCCCAGCCUGGCUGCCCACCUGGCCGGCACCCGCCAUGUGCUGCUGCUGCCUGACGGGGCACGGGUGUCCUCAGCAGCUCAGCUGCUGGACCUGCUGGGGUUGCUGGAGGCAGGGGACACACGAGUGGUAGCAGUUGGGGUGGGGGGUGCCACACUGGCUUGUCACCGCUACACGCUGGACCUGCCGGCCUGGACGCUCUCUGUGGCUCCUGCACCGGGCAGUGAGGCCUGCGAUGCUGUGUCAGGCCGUGCCGCACUGCUACUCACCACUGACAGCCUGCUGGAACUAAGCCUGCCCCUGGCACGCCCCCUGCCUCUGGGCCUGGGCGUGCAGGGCACAGCGCGUGGCUGGAAGGUGCGGGUGGGGCGUGGGGGGCUGCUGGGGGAGGGCCGGCAGUUGCUGGCCUCAGAACACCUGCGGUGGAAGGCCACAGCAGCCGAGGAGGAGCGGCGUGUGGCGCUGUUUGCUGCAGUGGGCCUCAAGAAGGUGGUGGGGCCAGGCGGAGACGUGCGCUGGUAUGGCUGCACCCGCACCUCACAGCGCUGCUUCCCCACUGUGGUGCAAGACACACCUGACUACUUGCUGCGUGGCCGCUGGACACCGCCGUGCUGCCUGGAGGGGCUGCGGGCCACAGCACGACAUGUAUUCCAGACACUGCGGGGCUGCCGUGUGCGGUGGUGGCUGGAGGGUGGGUCGCUGCUGGGAGCAGUGCGGGGUGGUGACCUGCUGCCGUGGGACUACGACGUGGAUGUGGGUGUGUAUGCCGCUGACGCUGAGCGCUGUCCGCCGCUGCGUGCCGCCCGCUGGCAAACGCUGGAGGAUGCAGACGGCUUCGUGUGGCAGCGCGCAGCGGAGGGCGGCUUCUACCGUGUCCACUACAGCACCGCGAACCACCUGCACGUGGACGUGUUCCCCUUCACGCCCCGCAGCGGCACUAUGACCCGGGGUGGUGCCUGGGCAACUGGCCACCGCCAGGACAUGGACUUCCCAGAGCACUUCCUGCGCCCCAUCGCCUCAGUCACCUUCGCCGGCGUGAUGGCUGCCGCGCCCAACAAUGUGAGGGAUUUCCUUGAGCUCAAGUUUGGCCCAGGGGUGAUUGAGACACCCCAGUACCCCAACCCAGAGGUGCCCCUGCCAGGCAACAUGUCUGCCCUCCUCCACAGGCUAUGAGGGGCAUGGGCCACAGGUGUGUGUGUGUGUGUGUGUGUGUGUGUGUGUGUGUGUGAGAGAGAGAGAGAGAGAGAGAGAGAGAGAGAGAGAGAGAGAGAGAGAGAGAGAGAGAGAGAGAGAGAGAGAGA